UGGCGAAGUAGAACGUGUUUUCCGACGGCUCCGAAAUGGCUUUGGUUUUGCUGUUGCUAAUCGGAUUAGGCACACUUAUCUUCUGGCUCUAUAGACUAAAUAAGGAAUACUAUGUGCUGGCGUUCUUUGCCAAGCGAGUGCGCACUAAGGAUGGACGACCCGUGGAGAGUAUAGCUCCCACAAUUGAGGGACGCACUAUAUUUGGCAAUUCUUUUGACAUGUAUGGCUUGGAGGAUGUUGAAGUGUUUACUCAACGCCACAAUCGCGCCGUGAAAAUGGGCUGCAACUUCUUGGAGUACAUAAAGGGCUUGGCUGUUUACAAUGUGGUCGAUGCGGACACCUUUGAAUCAAUACUGAACGAUAAGGAUUUGAUAACCAAGGGCAUUGUAUACGAUUUUGUGCACUCGGUGCUUCGAUUAGGCCUGCUGACAUCCACAGGUCAGAAAUGGCACGCAGGACGCAAAUUGCUCACGCCGACCUUCCACUUCAAUAUCUUGAGUCAGUUUAAUGAGGUUUUCAAAGCUGAGAGUUUGAAGUUCGUGCAGCAAUUCGAAGGCAAUGCGGAGAGUAUCGUUUCUCUAACCGAACUCAUACCCAGAUUUACGCUCAACAGCAUUUGUGAGACAGCCAUGGGCAUCAAGCUGGAUGAUAUGGCUGCUAAGGGCGAUCGCUAUCGAGAGAACUUUGGCAUGAUCGAGAAGAGAUUUAUAAAACGCAUGGGUAAUCCUCUUUUCUGGAACGACACCAUCUAUAAUCUAUUCGGACCCAGCGACGAAAAGAGAUUUUUAAAGGAAAUCCAUGAUUUCUCUAGCGAAAUUAUAGCCAAGCGCAGAGAACUAUUCGCACAGGAAAUUAAGGAUAAGAAAGGCUCUGAUCCAGAAGAGGAUGAUAUCUACAUCAAAAAGAAACAACGAUUUGCUAUGCUGGAUACUCUAAUCAUGGCCGAAAAGAAUGGAUUAAUCAAUCACGAGGGCAUUUGCGAGCAGGUGGACACACUCAUGUUCGCAGGUUUUGAUACCACUUCCCUUGCGCUCAUAUUUGGGCUAAUGAACUUGGGCGUAUAUCAGGAUCAACAGGAGCUGUGCUAUCAGGAGAUAUGCGAGCAUAUAGCUGAUGACUUUAGUAAUUUGGAUGUGAAUCAGCUGUCGAAACUGAAGUAUUUGGAAUGUUUUAUUAAGGAAACGCUGCGCCUUUAUCCAUCAGCUCCCUCUAUUAGUCGACAAACAACCAAGGAUACUGAGCUGUCAAAUGGUCUGAUUUUACCGCCACGUGCCCAAAUCGUAUUGAACAUUUAUGAGCUGCAUCGCAAUCCCAAGUACUGGAGCUCUCCGCUAGAAUUUCAGCCCGAACGCUUUCUGCCCGAGAACAGCAAAGGCCGUCAUACCUAUGCCUUUGUGCCCUUCAGUGCAGGUCAACGCAAUUGCAUAGGUCAAAAGUAUGCGAUGCUCGAGAUAAAGACCUUGAUGUGCGUUGUACUUAGGAAAUUCCAAAUUUUACCGAUUGUUAAGCCCGAGGAUUUAGUGUUCAGCUCGGGUAUUACAAUAGGUUGCAAAACUAAUGUUAAGGUCAAACUAGUUAAGCGUAGCUAGGCAUUCAAAUUUAAUUUUUUAUUAUGAAUAGUGUUUAAUUGAGAUACUAUAACA